AGACCGGCCUUCAGUUGCGCCGACGGGUCACUAGCGCUGCCCAAAGAGGGCUUCACUUUGCCCUCAAAGUGCUGGCAAUGGGAGACGGACUGGUAUAUCGAGACCAACAUCGAGGGCGAGCCCCUGGAGCCCGAGGGCUGGUCCUAUGCCAUUGAUUUCCCCAUGAAGUAUGGGACAGAGAGGCGCUGGAAUUCACUGGUCAGACGGCGCCGUUGGCUCAGGUUUCGCAGGUAUGUUUGUGUCAACGAAUGGGCACUCGUCGAGUCAAUUCAUGGAGACUUUGUGGCCGAACCCUUCAUUGACAUAUCGACGGGUGGGUACGAUAUGCCCGGCUCUCAGAAGGAUGUGUUAGCUGUUUGGGCGGUCACUGUCAUUGGAAGAGUGAUUUACAGGACAGGGAUCGACAAGUUUUCUCCGGAAGGUAUUUCAUGGGUUAUCGUUGAGGUGCCCGUCGGUUGGGAAGUGAAUCAAAUAUCUUGCGGACCGACUGGACUGGUUUGGACGGUCGCGUGGGACGGGUCGGCAUUAGUGCGGACGGGAAUAAAUAGAGANGGAAAGGUAUGGUUUAGAAAAGGCAUUCGAGGCCUCAAUUCGGGUCAUAAUGACAACUGUGCCGUCGGUUUGGGUUGGGUUGAGAUGUUUCAAGAAAUGUCUUUAUUAUCCGUUACUUCUAAUGAUCAGGUAUGGGCUCUGAGUCCCGAUAAGAAAUGUCUUUAUUUCCGAACCGGUAUUACUUUUGGAGAAUUAACCGGAAAGACAUGGAAAUUAAUUUCUCGACAACCGAUAAACACUUUCAACCAAAAGAGCAAUAAUAAAAAUAUUGAACAACAAUUGGAUUCAAUUAGCAUUUCCUCUCAAGACUCAUGUUUUUCACCCAAUAAUACCGAUUGCCAGACCCAGGCCUGGAUCUGGAUAUCAGCCUCCAGUUGUGCACUCAAUUCCGAUUCAUAUCUUCAAUUCUCUUAUGCAUCGCACGACUCACAGACAUCACUCGACAUUUCUUUGGGAUCAAGUCUUGGAAAAGAGCAAAAAAUGAAGGACUUUAUGUCAGUUUAUCAAAAGGCUAUUGAAUCGGGUGUUUGGAUAAAGUCGGGCACAUGUUUUGUGGCCAAAAGUGACAAAACAGUGACCAAUUGGUGUCCCGGUCUGCUUGAACUCGAGAGACAAGGUGUUGAGAGAACCACUGAAAGCGGAAGUCUCACCAUAUCUUACUCUAAUUCAUCUCAAAAGAUAAAAGUGAACAAAAAAGUGCUAAAUUUGGCCGAAAUUAGCUGUGCUUUCAUUGGCUCGUCCGAGAACUCUAUGUACUCUAUAAGCAAUUGUUUAGUGAUUAUUGCAAACAAUUUUAUUGCAAAAAUCAAAUUCCAAACGGACACCGAAUUAGAUGACUGGUUGGCCACGAUCAAUUUGGUUUGUGGUGAUCUCCACACUAUUAAUGGUACAACUGGUAUACCUGGUGCCCGGAUCCUCUGUGUGACGAAUAAAGGCGAUCUCUAUGUUGGCCACCAAUUAAGUGCUGACAAUAUAUUUUACUAUCUCCUAAGUGGUGGUCAUUUCAAUUCAGUGACCGCUUGUUUGGGUGUUGUCUGGGCACUUUCGUACGACCAUGUCUUGUUUGUUCAUAAUAAUGGAUCAGGAGGUGGAGUUUAUAAAGACAUCACUGGUGUUAACAGCAAUUGCAAUCCCAUGUCAGAUACGAUGUCUUUUUACUGCUAUGAAAAUCAACGGUGGAACCCAUUGUCGGGUUUUGCACCAAAAGGACUGCCCACUGAUCGGUAUAUGUGGAGCGAUGAGACCGGAAAGCAUGAGUUAAUUAAAGACAACAUCAAACUGCCGUCAAAACAGUGGCAAUGGAUUAAUGACUGGUGCGUCGAUUUCUCUCUGCCCGAUGGCGUAGACUCGGAAGGCUGGCAGUACUCCAUCGACUUUCCAUUUGACUAUCAUUCGGAUCGAAAGUUUACAGAUUAUGUCCGCAGAAGACGAUGGUUUCGGAAGUGCCGAUUCACGACUACCGGCCCCUGGACUGACAUUCCCGGGGCCUCUAUAAUUAGUGCAUCCAUUUAUUGUUCAAAAUGUGAUAUCAAACCCAAUGAAGAGGUAAUACUCAACGCGUGGGCCGUUUCGGGAGACGGCGACGCUUUGUGUCGGUUAGGAGUGAGCCCUCUGUGUCCGCGCGGUCUCUCCUGGCAACACGUGUCGUGCGAACAGCCCUUUGUUGACAUAAGUGUCGGUGGAAAUGACACUUUCAUUCAAGUUUGGGCCACAGCUAGGGAUGGAUCCGCGUUCUUAAGGCACGGAAUCAGUCGCACGUCUCCGGCCGGCACCGUCUGGUUUCACAUCGAGUCGCCCCGACCUCAAUGUCCACUCAAACGGGUUUGUGUGGGAAAGUCGAGCGUCUGGGCCAUCGAUGAGAAGUUCAGACUUUGGUUUCGGGAAGAAAUAGUUCCCACUUUUCCGGAGGGAACCCAUUGGAAGAAAGUAGACGAUUGUAUCCAUAAGAUUAGUGUUAAUAAUUGCAACGAAUUGUGGGCUAUUGUCGGCACUCAACACAACGACUCAAUUGUUUAUAAAAUUGCCAAAAGGAUAGGCAUUUGUGAUGAACUCCGGGUCGGAUCCGAUUGGCAGAUAUUUAGCAAAUAUUUAAAUUGUAUACAAUUCAUUUGUGCCGCAAACUAUUUACUGCAAUAUUGU